AUGCGGACCCUGGCCUGGCUGGGCAUCGCCAGCCUGUGUCUGGGGGCAGCUUGGGCUGUCCCAGCCAAGGAGAAGAGGAUGGCAGGGAACCCAAAAGCUGAUCUUGCACUCUACGAAAACCUGGACCUGGACAACUAUGACCUGACGUUGGACAACUACGGUGAGAUCCUUGACCUGAACAACUAUGAGGAGCUCUAUGACUACGGCGACCUUGCUCCGAAGGUCGAGGUUGGCACCCUGGCUCCUCGCCCGAAGGACCCCAUGGCUCUCCCAAACCUGGGCACCACGGCUGAAACCCCGAAGCUGAAGCCUCCAACCACCGCUGGCCCCGUCCGCCCAGCACCCAUCCCCGUGCAGUUCCUGCCCAGCUGCCUGCUCUGCCUGUGCAUCAGCACCUCCGUCUACUGCGACGACACCGACCUGGAGCACAUCCCGCCGCUGCCGCCGGAGACCACGUACCUCUAUGCCCGCUUCAACCGCAUCGGUGCGAUCCGGGCCAGCGAUUUCACGGGACUGAAGAAGCUGAAGCGAAUAGACCUGACCAGCAAUUUCAUCUCCUGGGCAGAUGCGGAUGCCUUCCGCUUGCUCCCCAGCCUGCAGGAGCUCAUCCUGCCCGAGAACAGGCUGACGGCGCUGCCCGAGCUGCCCCGCAGCAUCGUCCGGCUGGACGCCCGUCUCAACAGGAUCCCCAGCACCGGCCUCCGGCCCGAAGCUUUCCGGGACUUGAAGCAGCUGCAGUUUCUCCAUCUGUCCGAUAACCAGCUGGAUUAUAUCCCAGCACCGCUGCCUGAGAGCCUGCGCUCCCUGCACCUCCAGAAUAACAACAUCCAGACCAUGCACGAGGACACGUUCUGCAACAGCCAAGACCACAGCCAGAUCCGCAGGGCACUGGAGGACAUCCGCCUCGAUGGCAACCCCAUCAACCUCAGCCUCUUCCCCAACGCCUAUUUCUGCCUGCCCCGCCUGCCCACGGGCCACUUCUUCUGA